GAACAACCCGGAAGUCAUGGGUUGUGUUGGUGUUGUGUAGAGAAGUGAAAGAAAGAAGAGGAACAGAUGCUUUAAAAUCUCCGUUUUUCGACCAUGUCUCUUCACAAAACCUGUUCGUUUUUGGUUUUGUUACUAUUAAUAAACAUUUACUCUUCAGAUUCAGCGGAUAAAGUGACUCAAACCUCGUCUUUGAGCCCUAAUGCUGCUGUAGCUGCUGUAGCUGCUGAUGUUAUUGGGGUGAACUCGGCUGUGUUUAAGCCCAAUGCAGACUCUCUGUUCUCCCUCAACCUGCUCCCCUUCCCAGAGGACCUGGAGAUCAGCGACUACUGCAGCGACCUGCUCCAGAUCUUCAGAAAGCUGUGUGUCGCCUAUGUGGACUGCUUGGUGAAUGCCUCCAGACCUGUCAUGGUCUGCCACAACUGUUACUCCAGCUAUGGCAGCUUCAGGAACACCUAUAUCAACAUAUCAUCAGACCAGAUGGGUCCUGGUAAUGUGAGCUGCAGGGACAGCCUUCUGCGCAGUGAUCGACUGAUGCUGGUUUAUCUGCUCUACGUCAACCUGGAGGGCAUUUGGAAGAAAUCAGCCUGUGACAAUUGCAUCGCUCCGGGAUUCCAGAGCCUGACCAAUGACACGAUGUACUUCAUGAACACUCUCAACCAAACUCUCACCUGCUUUGAGAAGUAUCAACAGGGGAAUCACACAGAGCUGUGCAAAGACUGUAAGAGCAGCUACAGAACCCUCAAUGAGCUUUACGGCAGGAUGGAGAACAAUCAUACUAUGUGUAUUGACAUAGAGGAUGCGAUGAAUGUGACUCGCAGACUGUGGAGUAAGAAGUUCAAUUGUUCCUUCCCCCGCGAGGAGACGGUGCCUGUCAUCGCGGUGUCCAGCUUCAUGCUCUUUCUGCCCAUCAUCUUCUACUUGAGCAGCUUCCUUCACUCCGAACAAAAGAAACGCAAGCUCAUACACCCCAAACGGGCGAAGUCAUACACCACUCUGAUGAACAUUCAGGACAAGCUGAGCUGAAGAGGAGACAUGUGAUGACUGAAACAGAGGACGGCACUCUUUGUUUUAGAAGUUAUAAACCUGGGAGAAGAUUUGACUCUUCAUUGUCUGGUGCCUGAGGUUUGAAUGUAGAGGACUCAACAACAGCAUUCCCUGUGAGGCUGUGAUACCGAUCAGUAUUCAGAGGACUUCAAGGAUCUAGAUAAAUGAAAGUGAAAUACUUUGGGCACAUUAAACAUUAUUCUUCUCAAAA